AUGGCGUGGACCGUGUUGAAGGAGCUGCACGCCCCGAGCUCCGUUGUUGCAACGUUGAUGCUGGAAAGGGAGCUGUUCGCGUUGCGCCUGAGCGGGGGAGAGCCGGUGCAACCUGUCGUGGACAAGAUGCGCGAUCUCUACGCGAAGUUGGCGACCGCGGAAAUCACCUACCCGAAGUGCUUGAAGAUUCUCUCGCUGCUGCCUGGAUCGUGGCUUCAAUUCACGAGCGGAUUAAGCCUGCUGCAGAACCAGAUCUCGUGGACACUCGAGUGGGUGCGGACAAAGAUUCUGGAGGAGGACUUCUGUCGCCGCCAACUGAGGGGUGGAGACGACGGCAGCAGCGGCUAUGGAAUGCAAGGGAGCCGACGUGGCAGAGGACGUGGCUUCGGUGGUGCUGGACGCGGUGCAAAGAAGAACAACGACUCCAAUGACCAACAAGGAGGUACCGGUUGGGGUCGCGGUGCGAAAUCUGGAUGUGGGGGCAAGUCGGGUGUUGGUGGCAAAAUGAAAGGGAGUUGCUGGUAUUGUGAGAAGGAGGGGCACCCCUGCAACGGCGGCGCGGAAAAGAAGAAGGAGCGCACCGCGGGCCAGUUCUUCCAUAUUAGAGAUCAGGGGGAGCAAGGAGACGCCUCUGCCAAGGUUGGAGCAGAGCUGCACGCCCUGGACUAUUGGGUGUUGGACACAGGCGCUGCUUGGACGAUGACGCCGUGCAAGGACCUGCUGGACGACGUACGCGCUGCACCGAUCAACGAGGUGUGCUCUGCCUCUGGACACGCGCUGAAGGUGGCUGGUGCGGGACGAGCUGCGUUUAAGGGAGUGGAUGGCAAGCCCGUGGUGCUUCACGACGUUCUCCUCGUUCCUGAACUCAAGGCCAACCCCAUCUCCCUCCGUAAGUUUGGCAAGGCUGGGGUGAGCACUAGCACGGAUAGGGCACGCACUUACAAGGGGCAGCUGGGCAAUCGGGUGCUUUGGGAUCUGCACGAGAGCAAGAACGUGUACAGAUCCAUGUGGCAGCUGCCGGCGUUGGCGUAG